CUCACGAAACCGUCUCACCCGUUGCGCCAUUGUUUGUGAUGGGCUCAGCGCCCGGCGCUGACCCCGUCUCCGGUCUAAAGCACCGGCUUCCCCAUGAGCACAUUUCUCCGCUGGCCCUAUCGUCCGACAACUCCUCUGGUCUGAUCUGAUCUUUCUAGCCAGACUCUUUCCCUUACCGUUCGCUCGCCAAGUCGCUCAUACUUGCUCAAAUUCGCGACCUCACGGCACGCCGGUCUCGCACUACAUCAAGCCAGCGCAACGACAUCACGAGGCCAUACAUAUCGACCAGAACCACUGGUACAAAGCAACUCCAGCCCUCUGCUACGUCACAAUAACCUGGCUCUCCACGCCUCCAACUCUCAACGCAGCUCGGAACCGUGAAGAACACCUCCUCCCGAAACAUCUAGGAACAAACACACCUUUCUCUCUCGCCCAGCAUGGAUCACGGUGGCAUGGGUGGCGACGGCGCAGCAUGCAAGAUUAGCAUGCUGUGGAACUGGAACACAGUCGACGCCUGCUUCCUCUCCGAAACAUGGCAGAUCAAGAACGACGGCAUGAUGGCCGCCUCGUGUAUCGGCGUCAUGCUGCUCGUGGUCAUUCUCGAGUUCUUCCGACGCAUCGGCAAGGAAUACGACAUCUAUAUCGCCCGCCAGUUCCAGCGACACGUCAGCGCCCAGACUGCCGCCUCGAAGGCCCCAGCCAGCGACGACAACAACAACUCGUCGUGUUGCGCGCCGCCACCGGUCGAGGCGCCCGUCUACGGCCCACAGACAAUCACCUUCCGCGCGUCGCCGCUCCAGCAGCUGAUCCGCUCCGUCAUCCACAUGUUCACCUUCGGCAUUGCCUACAUUGUCAUGUUGCUGGCCAUGUACUUCAACGGGUACAUCAUCAUCUCGAUCUUCCUGGGCGCGGGCAUCGGCAAGUUCUUCUGCGACUGGCUGGUACUCAAGGUGACCGUGGGUGGUGACGAUACUGGCAAGGGGCCCUCAGGGAUCGAGGACGCCACUAUUUGCUGUGGUUGAGCUGGGCGCCUGCAUUGAUCGCCAUGCACGGAGAGACUACUCGACUUGCACCCCGAGUUGUCCGGCACCCGUCGUUGGAAUUGCCUGUCGCAACUAUACCCUGAUUUCGUGCGGUGUUUUUAUGUCUUGUCAAGAAUGACGUUAGCGAGAGCAAGCUGUGUUGUGUUAGUUUUUGGAAUAUGAACAAAUAUCAGACUAUCAAUAAAUAGGUCGAACGCAAUGAAGAACCGGCGCUGCAAGCCGAGACACCCAAAGUUGGCAGUCCCGAAAUGUAGGCCUCUGAAGUCCCCCCACUCCAGUCCUCGGUUCCAGUCCUAAAUCCUGUUCCAUUGAGCCAAUCCCGGACAAGGGGGUUUGCAGAUUGUGGCACAUCAUUUCUGGGAUCGCCAGGGACUCUGCUAUGCAGAAACCAUGAAGGGUUGUGAAGCCCAGACACUCGACUACUAGUAUGCAUGAACGGGGGUCAAGAUUUGAGUAACC